AUGGCGGUGGAUAAUGGCUCCUUCUCCGUCGGUUCCAGUGGUUGUUUGAUCUUCCACAUUUCUCAGAGAGUGAAGAGUGUGAAUAUGGAAUGGGACCACAGCCCACAGAUGCUGAUACUGAUGCGUCAUCGGUCCGCAAGAAGCAUCCAAAAUCGGAAAACCUGCACGUUCAUGCAGUACGGACUACACCCCGAAACAGAAAACCUCCAAAUUUCGUCUCAUUUCCUCUUUGCUCAAGGAAGCGAAUUCUCUUGCACCCUCCUGCAUUUCUUCUUCCCGGGAGUAGCGAAACCGAUCCUCCAAAUUUGUGAAACGCAGAAGCUUUGCUUGACUGGUCUUCUUACAGUAAUGGAUGAUGAAAUUUCACUCCAGGAGGACGCCAUUGUUGAGAGCAGAGAAGCUGUAAUGGUGUCGCCUGUUGGCAACUCCAUUCCAACUUCAAGAUUGAGCCAUUUCCUCAAACCCAGAAAUCUCUCCACCUCUUCCAUUGAAGGGCAGGUUCAUCUCAAGCACCCAUUACUGUUCCCUUCCUCUGCACCACUGUUCUGCCACGGUAAGAAGUGGCCGCUGCAAGUGGGCUUCAUGGGCUGGCAGAAUCCGAACCCUAAGUGGAAAUCAUGGGUCGACCACUUGUCCCCGUCUUACCAAUCCGUGUGGAGGGAAGCUGGCAUCUACGAAGCAAUCUUGGGUUCCACUUGCAGCUUCCGUAAGGACGACGGCUUGAUCAUGGCAAUGGCGGAGAAAUGGUGUCCGGAGACUAACACGUUUGUUUUCCCCUGGGGCGAGGCCACGGUGACGCUUGAGGAUGCAAUGAUUCUGGGAGGCCUCCCUGUUUCGGGUCACCCAUUUUUCGCAUGCGAUUGUGAUGGUCGAGAAUUGAAGCAGAUUGAGAAGAAAUUGGUGGAGGUUGCAGGUCGAAUACAGAGGAGGAGCACUACCGAUGAGGAUUUCCAGAAUGAAUGGAUGAGAGUGUUUAUGUGCAGCGGGAUCGAAAUCGAGCACGAAGCUUUUCUCUCGCUGUGGCUGGAGAGGUUCGUUCUCAAUGAUUCCGAGGGUUCUCCCAAAGCUUCAGUUUUCCCUAUUGCUUUACAUUUAGCCAGGGCGAAACCUGUGGGGCUUGCUUCAGCAGUUCUGGCAAACAUUUAUAGGGAUAUGAGCCUGUUGAAAGCAACGAUAGUGUCUGCUUCACAGAUGGAGACAUCUGAACCUGAUGCCGAGGUAAUGGCGGUCAACCUUUGGUCUUCACUUCAUUUGGUCCAGCUGUGGGCUUGGGAGAGAUUUCCUAAGCUCCGCCCAACACCCAAUCCCAUCCAAAAAGAUGAACCCAGGUCAUUUAUGUGGGACAAUUUGAGAAGCAGGAGAGUUAGGGAUUUGAGGUUGGCUUUGGACUCAGCAGGGGAUACUUUCAGCUGGAGGCCUUAUGCUGUUUCACUCAAUGGUUGGCAGUUUCCAGAUUUCUACAGGGGAAAUGGAGAAUGGUUGGACAUGGAGUCUAAUGAGAGCUUGCUGCCCUACUCUUUAUGUCUGAGGGUAUCUGAGCUGGUGGGUCAAGGUUGUGUGGAGCAGUAUUUGCCACAUCGUGUUGCCAUGCAGUUUGGGAUGGAUCAAGACCUUCCUCACAAUGUUGAUCCAUCAAAUGAGUGCCCUGAAUGGUUAUUUGAGCCUGAUGUUACUGUUGGGUACUUGAACUGGUGGAGAGAGCCGAUGUUGUCAUCAGAAGGCUUGCUUAAGGAUGCGCCAAUUGCAAAUGGUCUUGCACGACGAAGAAGAACUCCAAGUAAGAGAAGAAAGCUUGCUCAUUUAUAUUCAUCAGGUGAUCUGGAAGCUAAUAUUACUCCACAGGUAGCACAAGGUGUACUUUUUCCUUCUGGUCUUCUUACCAUGUCACGAGAAGUAAAAGUUGAAAAAGUUGAUGAUGAUAAUCUUUUAUCAUCUGCUAAAGAAAGCCAGAUAGUCCUACGUAAACUUGUGGAAGUGAAAGCAGAAACUAACUAUGAUGACUUCGAUUAUCAUUCACUUGGUGUUUCACGUGCAAAAGAAAGCCUUACUUCACAUAGAGAGGAGUUGUUGCUGGCUACACCAGUAAAACAUGCUUCUGCCAUGGUGUCUUCUGCAGAAAGAGCAAGUUCUUCCGAAGAUUCAAUGGAGACCAAGCCUGUGAUUCCAGCUGAUCAUUUGAGGCACCUAGAGAAGAUUGGAGGAGAUAUAUGUGGGGAUAAAUCAAGGAGCAUAACAGAACUAGCAGUACUUGACCGGCUUGCAGAACUUGAGAGAGCUCUUGCUGAGUUGAAGGCAACACAAUGCAUCGUCAAGGUUGAAAGAGACUAG